AUGGGGAAGAGCGGUGACUGCGGUUCACGACGUUCGAAAACCAUCAUUGAUGUUCAUGUAUUGCUGGGUUUGUCGUCUGAUUUGGUAUAUGAGGCGUAUACGAAGCCGAUGUUAAGACAUGGGCUGCGGAUCCCUGAUGCCGUCACGGGAGCGAUUGGGCGAACUGGGGUCUGCGUUUGGACUCGAGAAACCUCAUUGCUAUACGAUGAAAAAUUCUAUGGACCUCUGAACAAGGAGAGAGUUGCAGAAGUUGUUGCUCAUGAGCUCGCACAUCAGUGGUUCGGCAACUUGGUCACACUGAAAUGGUGGGAUAAUUUAUGGUUGAACGAAGGCUUUGCGGCAUUUGUGGAAUACAGUGGAGCAGAUGAAAUCAGCGACCAUAAUAUGAGAAUGAUGGACUUCUUCCUAAUUAGAGCAUAUGCAAGAGGUUUGGCGGCUGACGCAGUAGCCUCAAGCCAUCCGCUUUCCUUCAAAAUCGAAAAGGCUGAAGAAGUGUCGGAAGCCUUUGAUGAUAUCACCUACAGUAAAGGAGCAUCGGUUCUCACAAUGCUAUCGGCCACAGUUGGAGAGGACAACUUCAAAAAAGCAAUUACUCACUACCUCAAGAAAUUUUCAUACGGAAACGCACGAGCUAAAGACCUAUGGCAAGCAUUUGACGAAACCGUUACGGAUGUCACGGGUCCCAAAGGCGGGCCUAUAAAAAUUACUGAAUUUGCUCCUCAGUGGACGACCCAGAUGGGAUUCCCAAUGGUAACUGUUAAAGCUCUCAAUGACACCACUGUGAAAAUCACGCAGGAGCGCUACAAAGCGAAUAAGAAUGCCGUGGAGCCGGAGAAGUAUCGUCAUCCAAAAUAUGGGUAA